CAGAAGUGAGAAUUUACUGUAAUCAGUCUGGAGCGUUUCUAUGGUGAGGACACUCAACCAUUAAGUUUGUUUCAGCAAAUACAGGAAGGACAGCAAUGGCAGUCCUGAGGGCCACCCUCUGCGCUGUCCUCAUGGUGACUCUAGUGACAGCUAAACCAGUCCAUCUGAAAGAAAGUGAGGAUUCACCCAAGUCAUCAGAGUCCAGUGAAUCCAGUUCAUCAGAAGAGACCACCACUAAUGAUAGGUCUUCACAGGAAACCCUGCAGUCAAAUACGCCGGAUGCUACAGAGAACCCCCUGGAUGCAGCACCGCUUCCCUCUGCAGAUGCAGGACCUUCUCUGGCCACUUCUCCUGAAGACCCACAAACCUCUGCUGACCCAGAUGCUUUACAACUUGUGCCAGAUCCGUCUCAUACUGCGAUGAGCGUUGAUGUUUCUUUAGAUGUGCCCAAUUCUGGUCCCACAAAGGACUCUGUUAACGCUGUUAACCCUACCCACAUUCUACCAAACACGCAUCCUUCAGGGCUUUCAGAGACUGGUGUAGUCAUAGGUACAAUUCAACCACAAGUCAUUACCACAUACCAAGGAUCCACCCAGGGUGUCACUCCACCCUUUCCUACAUGUGUCAUCCAACCAACACCUACAGCCCCACCACUGAUACUCCCUAUUGGAACAACACUAGAUGGUGGUCCUGUCUGUUUCACUUUCCAGGUCACAACUGCUGAGCCAGAUCCACCUAGAGGAGACAGCAUUUGAUCCCCAACAGAACACAGAAAUUGUUGUUCAUUUAAGUUUGAGUUCAGCCUAGGUGACCAGGACAGACCACACUAUGGCUGUACAUAUACACAACCUUGACUUGAUACUUAUAUAGAUGUCCUAACUACACAUGGCUUUUACUUUGCCCUCAACCUUGGCAAAUGGGGGGGAAAAAUGGUGCUAAUGUAUAUGCUGUAUAUAUACAAUAAACACAUCUAAAGCUGUUGCAAUAACAAAAGUACAGUCACAAUAAAUAAAUUAAUAAACAGCUGAAAAUUAAACUGAUUAAA